CAUUAGAUUUCAAUAUGAUAUACAACCAGAAUAACACACUCAUAAUGUAGCCUACUGCUUUGUGAAGUGUUGAAGGAUUUUUACAUUUUCUGUGCGUUCACUGGAGCUGUGCGUAAAGUGCAAAACGUUUGGAAACGCGUGACUGAAAUGUUUCGAAUAAUCUUAAAAAUCUUUUCAUCUCAAGGUUUUUGCUUAAAUGUUUGAACAUUUUGGAGACAAGAAUACAUUUGUGUCAACAUAUCUUUAUUUAAACGGAUGAAAGAAAACAGAGCACUAGUUACAGCCAGAGCGAGACCUGUUAAACCUGUAUUAUAAUUCCUGAAGCUCAACUCUAAGUUCAGGGGUUCGAACCCAGGGACGGCACAUACUCAGAAAAAAAAUGUCAUGCAAUACAAGUUGCUUUGUAUAAAAGUGCAAACUGCGUAAAUGUAACAUAGUUUUGAUUUAUUUUAGAUGGUUUUAUUUGCAACAUAAUUCCCACAGUUACAGUUGUCCUCCUAUAGUAGUUGAGUUUACUAUUAUUGUAAAAGGUAGAAAAAAUAUAAAUAAAUAGGUGUUUCCAAACUUUUGACUGUAGUGUACAUUUGUUGUCGUUUUGUGUAUUUAUCAGAAUAUUUAAAUGACAAUUACAUUUAAGAUGCAUUAUAAAGAUGCUGCAUUAACUAAAUACAGUAGUUUUAGUUAUUAUGCUGGACUGUAUAACCCACAAAUACAGACUUUUUUUCAAAGAGGAGGACUGGAAAUGUCAUGUCAUGACAUAGCUUAAAUGUACUGUGCUUGCUUGCUUUCUAAAUUAAUGACAAUUUUGUCAUUUACAGUUUGUGUUUAUUUGUUUGGUGCUUGUUGUAGUUUUCAUUUAUGCUCACUGUUAAGGUCUUUGCACAUACAGUCCGAAAUUUUCGUAUGCGUUUUUUCGUAUUUGGCUCUCGUUUGUACGGUGUCUCUGAAUUGUUAAAAAAGGCCACUCAAAAUGCUUGACGGAUGCGAAAAACGCAGAAAAUCGAACCCGGUCCGAAUUUUUUUCGGAGGCAGUGUGUAAAUGUGAUUGACACAACGUGAGGUCGUAUUUAUUUUUUAACGUGCGGAAAUUUCGGACGCAAAUUUCAGACUCAAUGUGCAAUGGGCUUUAAUCUUGAUAUUUUAUAGUUUCAUCGGCAUGAAUUUAAACUAUUGUAGCCAUAGUACUUUGUAUGUUUCUCAAUAAACACUCUUUAUGGUAAUGAAGCUAAUUGUGUCUCAUCUCUUUGGAUUUGAAAUACUUUGCCACUCUUCUCUUGACAAUCUUGGAAAUUGAGUCCUGACAGGCCACCCUGCUCUCUGUGAACAUGUAUGCUGAGCCUUUAAAGGGAUAGUUCACCCAAAAAAUUAGAAUUCUUUCACCAUAUAUUCACCCUUGUAUUUUUUAAACCUGCGUGACUUUCUUCUGCAAAACACAAAAGAAGAUAUUUUGAAGAAUGUUUGGCCAGCAAACAACAUUGACCCCCAUUGACUUCCAUUGUAUGGACACAAAACCAAUGAGACAUUUCUCAAAAUAUUGUCUUUGGUGAUUCACAGACGAAAGAGUCAUAUACAUGUUUUGAACAUGAGGGUGAAUAAAUGACGGAAGAAUUUUUAUUUUUGGGUGAACUAUCCCCUUUAAAGAAAGCUGUGAACCUAAAAUCAGCCACCUCAGUUUACACAUUUACUGCUCUUGUAGUUUAAGGAAGUUAUGCGUCACAUUACAGGAAAUUUCUGUUUGUUGCGUAAGGCCGGUUAUUGUGUAAUACCGAACCUUAAAAACUGACACAUGUAAAAAUUUGAGUGUAUUCUACUUAGAUUAAAUUUGUGAAGUGACUGCCCAUGUUUCACAUCAGCAUAUUGAUGCAGCUCUUUCUGUCGGCUGCCGUGGCUUCAUGGUCAGUUUUAUACAGCCCUAAAUCCAUAUGUGUGUUUGAAAGCUCCUCUGUUGAGUUCAGCUGCUCUUUUGACUUUCUGUAUGGUAGAAUUGUAACUUCAAAAUGGUUCAAGCCGAGAGCAUAUGAAAAACAAGACGGCUCACAGGAGGGAAGGUUUGUCUACCACUCAAAUCCUGCAGAGAUCCACAAACGUUACAAAAACAGAACAACGUUUGCAAACCAAGACAGAAACUGCAGCUUAACAUUACACAACGUCUCUAAAAAAGACAUUGGAAGAUACUUCUUUCGCUUUGAAACACAAUAUCAGUUUGGAAAAUUCACUGGAUCAAAUGGCAUUGAUCUCAAUGUAGCAGGUCUGCCCUUCGGAGUAACGGUGAAUACACAAAAGACAAAUGGAGAGGUCUAUGAAGGGGACUCGGUCACAUUGAGGUGCAGUACAGAAAACUGCACCCCACGAAAAGGGCCGUUUGUCUGGUUUAAAAACGGACUUCUGCUACCGCAGGCCACAGAGCAAGAGUUCACAUUCUCCUCCGUCUCUCACCAGGAUUUUGGCAACUACUCCUGCGGUCUGAACAACAGCGACAGAACCGCAACAAAUGAAACAUUGCUUGACGUAAGAUACAGUCCAAAAAAUGUGCAAAUAACCAUCUUCCCAUCCGGAGAGAUAGAGGAAGGAGACUCAGUGACUCUCAAAUGUAUAAGCAAUGCCAACCCUGCUUUGACAAACUACACCUGGUUCAAAAUCAGCGAUACAAACGUCUCUUAUGUGGGAUAUGAUAGUAAACGCAUACUAAGAACUGUGGAUCAAAAGGAUGCUGGACGGUACUUCUGUGUUGCCAUGAACGACAUGGGUUCUCAGAGCUCUACAGUCAUAGAACUAAAAGUUAAAGUGCACGAUCGUCCACAUUUCUUGCUGUUCACCAUGGCUGCAUUAUUAUUUGGAAUUGCCUUAACAUUGAUUAUCUUCGGUCUUAUGAAAAGGAGAAAGCAGUUCAUAUCAAAGAAGCAGUUCACGGAAAAGACAACUACAGUCACAUUCACAGAGGAGGUCUAUGAAAACCUGAAAAAAUCACUGCAAUUUGAAGAAAACGUUACCAACCUGAUAUAUGCAGAUCUAAUGCUUCCUCCAUCAUCUUCAGACAGACCACGGCACAACAGUCAGGAGGACAGUACAGUGAUCUACAGCAUACCUAAGAACAAAGAAGAUCACUGAACAAAUCUAAGCAUAUAAUCAUUUUCAGCAAGCAGGUGUAUA